AUGCUGAAUGGUGGCUUAAAUCCUCCCCACAUUCAUCCUCAUGCCACAGAAAUCCUUUUAGUCCUUGAGGGCACCCUUUCCAUUGGCUUUGUCACAUCCAACCCCAAUCGCCUUAUCAGUGAAGUCCUAAACCCAGUAGAUGUUUUUGUGUUCCCAAUUGGCCUGAUUCACUUUCAGUUCAAUAUUGCAAAGACCAAUGGAGUUGCCAUUGCUAGUUUAAACAGCCAAAAUCCUGGAGUUAUCACUAUAGCAAAUGCCACCUUUGGAUCUUAUAAUCCAUCUAUUAAUCCUGAUAUUCUGGCUAAGGCCUUCCAGCUGGAUAAGAAAGUUGUCAAUAAUCUUCAGGUGAAGUUUGAUGGUAUCAACAAGUAG